AUGCUUACAACUACCAUCGAUUCCCCGCAACAUAAAAGAGUACUCUGGAUAAGGAACAGGAACAGUAAUUCGCCAUUAUCCAUUAUUCAUCGAACGGAUAAACCAAGCAAAGAUGUUAUCACUAUUAAAAAAGCAAGGGAGAUACAUUUGGAAUUAAUCAACUUACCAUGUAAAGUUAGACGUUUCAUAUUGCAAAUGGAAAUUUGUACUCGAACUAUGCAUCAACUGAAUAUACCGAUGAAUUUGUCAAAAAUUAUAAAAACAAAAUUUUGUCAAUUAAACGAACUACUGAAAGGUACGCUUACAACUACCAUUGAUUCCCCGCAACAUAAAAGAGUACUCUGGAUGAGGAACAGGAACAGUAAUUCUCCAUUAUCCAUUAUUCAUCGAACGGAUAAACCGAGCAAAGACGUUAUCACUAUUAAAAAAGUCAAGGAGAUACAUUUAGAAUUGAUCAAAUGUGCUAGGAAUAUAAACGAUGCCUACGCCUUACAUAUGUUAUUCUCUAUAUCAACAGCUUUCUUUUUGAUCACUAGUACAGCUUACCAUAUAUAUUAUUACUUAUUAACUAAUUCGUACCGUACGAAUAAAUCAAAUUUCUUGAUUUAUUUAUUUUGGAUUUUUUACUUUGGAAUCAAGAUCAUCAUUAUAAGUCACGUAUGUGCAGAAACUGUAAUGGAGAUCCGUGACUUUACUCUACAACUUAUCCAAAAUCCACUGUCAUUUACAAUAUAUGGCCUUGUUGAUCUGGAUUAUACAUUGAUACGUACUGUCAUCGGUACUGUCACAACAUACCUUGUUAUUCUCAUUCAAGUUGGAAACGUACCACCAGAAUUUUCCGCUACAAAUUCAACGUUAUCAUCUAAUGAUUAA